GGCGACAUGGAGCAGAUUGAGACGCAGGCCUCGGACCUGCGCUACCUGACGGCGCCAGUCGCCGCUUUGAGCGACUCAGCCAGUGUCUCGUACGAGACGCCGCAGCCACGGCCGCACAUGAGCCCAGGUUCCGCCAUGUACGGAGACAAUUCCGCGCUGCACGACGACGCUUCGCCUGGCGAUGGCAAUGCGAACAAGAGGAAGUCGGUGGAGGACGCGGGGGCCGCGAAGCAGACGCGGAGCAAGAGGAAUCGGUACAUUUCCAUUGCCUGUAACGAGUGCAAGAGGCGCAAGAUCAAGUGCAAUGGCGAAACGCCGUGCCAACGCUGUGGCAACCUCAACCUUGCGUGUCUCUAUGCGCCCAACUGCUGCUCCAACAACUUCAAAGACUCGGAAGAAUACAAAAAGAUUGCUGCGCAACUGAGUCGCCUCCAAGAGGAGGUCAAUUGGCUCAACCAGAGCAUGCGUAACAUGCAGAGCGAAUCGCGAUUUGCACCGCCGUCUUCUGACCGCAUCAUACCUAACACCAACUCAGUCAUUGCACCUUCUCCAUCACAGAGCUCGGCAUCUGGCCCCCGACCGGAUUAUCCCGGAAGACAGACGCCAUUCCAAGGCCCGACGAGCAUGGCAUUCACCCUCGAUGUGGCCAAAGAGACAAUCAGCAACAUGGGAUGGAAGACUACCGAAGAAGGGGAUGACAUUGAGCCGCCACCAAACAGCCAUAUAUCCUCUUCGGUAUCAGUCCAAUUGCCAGAUCCGCUCUUGGAGUUUGACAAAGACGAGAUGGUGCGCCUCUGCCGAGUGCAUGAAGACGAGAUUGGCAUCAUGUAUCCUGUUCUCAAUAUCCAAACCGUGGUUACUCAUGUCAAGAACAUCUCGCUAUAUAUUAAAAACCAGCGACCAACCGAGCCCUUGAAUGACCUUCAAACUUUGCAGUUAAAAGCCAUCAUGUGCUGUGCUCUUGUUGUAGAAGCACACGGUCACUGUGAGAAAGCAGUGCGGUUGUAUGAGAGCAUGGAGAACACCAUCAACCGAAAGCUCAUGUCGGAUGGUCUUGAAGUCGCCGACCUUCCCCUCUUGGCACUUGUUGCUGGCUAUCGAUUCUUGUCCAAUGAAGAGGUGCUUGCCUGGCGUGUCAUGGGACAGGUAGUGCGCUUAUGUAUAGAGCUCGGCAUUCACCAAAAGAGAGGGCUGAUGAUGAUACAAAACGAGACCGAGAGAAAGAAUGCUCUCAACAGCUUUUGGUCUGCCUACGUUCUGGAUCGUCGGUGGGCGUUUGGAACGGGUCUGCCGUAUGCUAUCCAAGACGAUGAGAUUGACCCAACCUUGCCCAUGCCUGACGAAUACCCCUACCUCGUUGCCAUGAUAACAUAUUCCCGAAUAGGCGCCAAAGUCUGGCGCCAAGUGUCCCAUUUUGGGCCCGUCCUUGCACGAGAACUAGGCCAGGAAGAAAUUGAACGGCUUGACCAGGAGAUCCUACGGUGGUACGAGAGUGUGCCAGAGGAGAUUAGAGUGCGCAGUUGGGACAAGGAGACCCAGAUGACAUCAACGCCAUCAUAUAAUCUGCAGCGGUUGAGGAUAUGGACAUAUUUACGCUUCAAUCAAAUACGCACAUGGCUAUACACCCCCGUCCUGCAUAGUGCUACUAGCAUCAUGUCACAUCCACUACAUGCGCAGCGUGUUGUCGAUUUAGCCAAGGACACGAUCCAGUAUCUCCACCAUCUCAACAGCACUACCAACCUCUACAGAAGAACGCAGGUCUUUUACCACCAGUUUCUUGCAGCAGCGAUAUCCGUAGUCUUUCUUGCAUCGGUACACGCACCCGUGCGGUUUAGUGCAGUGUGUCGAGAAGAGUUUUACAUGGCCCUCGAUUUAGUCAAAGACCUAUCUGUCAAGAGCUGGGUGUCUCAGCGCCUAUGGCGAACCAUCAAGUCGCUCAAGGAUGUGGCACCUCGAUUUGGCCUGAAUCCAGAUGAAGACCCCCAUUCGAGCGCAGCACUGGGCAUGAUUGGUCUUGCAAGAGGUCACAUGGAUACCAUGCCCACUGGCCAGCCCAUGUUUCAGCAUCCUCCAAUGCCUCCUAGACAGAAUUCUGAAUCCAUGGCGAACAAUAAUAAUGGUCAAAAGAUACAGAGCGAGAUGUCACGCAUAUUUGAGGGCUACGUCGGCCUAAACGGGGUACAGUUUGGGGGCAAC